AAUGCCCGACAUGAUUUGCUGAUGAUAUAAAGCAGGCUUUUGUUUUGUUUCGUUUAUUUGUUUGUCUUUCUUUUAUUGUAUUUUUUCUGCUGUUAAAAAAUAAUAAUAAUAAUAAAUGAAAUAGACGUUCGUUCGUGUAUUUAAUCCCCCAGAGAGUGAGCGAGAUCGAUACAGAGAGAGAAGGGGAGAAAGAAACGGUGAGUUUCAGCUGUUGUGAACAGAGGAAGAGGUAAUGGUUGGACCGUCGCGGCCUCAGAUCGUUCUUUUUGGAUCAUCCAUCGUCCAGAUGAGCUUUGGUCAUGGUGGUUGGGGUGCUAUUCUCUCCGAGGUCUAUGCUCGCAAGGCCGACAUCAUUCUGCGAGGAUAUUAUGGAUGGAACUCAACUCGUGCUUUGGAGGUUGUUGACAAAGUGUUCCCCAAGGAUGCCGUUGUACAACCUUCUCUUGUAGUCGUCUAUUUUGGAGGAAACGACUCAAUGGGACCUCAUCCUUCUGGUCUAGGACCUCACGUGCCACUAACUCAAUACGUUGAUAACAUGAAGAAGAUCGCUCUUCAUCUUCAGAGUCUUUCAGACUCAACUCGUAUCAUAUUUCUAAGUUGCCCUCCAGUGGACGAAGCCAAAGUUCGUCAAAACCAGAGCCCAUACUUGAGCGAGGUAAUCCGCACAAACGAGCUAUGCAAGACAUAUUCAGACGCUUGUGUAGAGCUAUGCAAAGAGCUCGACUUACAAGUAGUUGAUCUCUUCUCUACUCUUCAGAAAGCAGAUGACUGGGAAACCGUUUGCUUCACAGAUGGGAUUCAUUUGUCAGCACAAGGAAGCAAGCUGGUGGCUGCAGAGAUACUGAGAGUGGUUAAAGAAGCGGAGUGGAGACCGUCGCUUCACUGGAAAUCGAUGCCGACAGAGUUCUCAGAGGACUCUCCUUAUGAUCUUGUUGCAGCAGAUGGCAAAACGACGUUGAACUCUUCGGAGUGGACGUACUUCUGGGAAGAACAAUGGGAGUAAACAUUACAACACACACAACAACAACUUACAAGUUACAAGAGCUUUAUAUAAUAUAGUGUUGUCUUGUCUUAGACUGUUUUACGAGUUUCUCUUCUGAAACGUUAUUAUUUACAAUUUUUAGCAAAAAAAAAACGUUAUUAUUUACAAGUAAUAAGUGUGUGUUUCGUA